AUGGUUGGACGCACGACAAAGAGAUCAUCGGACGACUGCGUUUUUGCUGACACCAAGAAGAAAAAAAUUUCCCAAGAAAAAGGAGAGUCGGAUGCGCCGGUGUCCAAUGAUAAAACGUCAACGGUCUGCGAUGGGGACUUACGGCAGAAAAAGGCAUUUUUUGCAUAUUUUGGCAAGUCUUUUGAUGACGGCAAAAAAAGCCCUGCUGGCAAUUCAAAAACGACCGAUUCCAACAACGAUGUGAGAAAAAAGAACAUCAUCACCAAAACCAGUUGUGUUGAUAGUUCAAAAACUCUGUUAGUCAAUAAAUCAAAGCUAAAAGACAUUAAGCUGCUUUCUCACGAUGUUUGUACCAUUAAGAGUAAUUCCAAUUUGCCUUAUAUCAGUAGUUUUGUUGAAGAAGAAGGAUGUUUUCCUAAAAUCACACACACUAACCGUUUGGCAUCUCUGAAGUCAUCAGAUUUUAUACUCCGUUUGGAUGAAGAAGUAUUCCGUGAAAAUUGUCAUAAAAACUCUAUUCUUAAAUUUCAAAAUGCUCAUUCUCUACCUAAACGUCCAGUAUUAGAGCCCUACCAAAUGGAAAUUAAUUUUCCAUACAUGAUUUCAUCUUUAAAAAUGUCGGUACCAAAUUUUCCAGUUUCAGAAUUUCAUAAAAACUUGAAGAAAAAAAAUUUAGUGGCAAAGAAAUCUACAACAGAUAUUGAAUCUAUGUGGAUUGAUAAAUAUAAGCCAAUGUGUAAAGAAGAAGUGCUUGGUAAUGAUAAACUUGUUAAAGAUUUGAAAAAUUGGUUAGCACCUAAUAAAAAAAAUUCUAAAAAGUCAAAAAAAGUUCAAAAGUAUGGUGAUGAUGAUGAUUUUAUCUUUGAUAGUGAUAGCGAUAGUGAAUCUAGUGGUAAACAACAACUUAACUUAGCAAUUUUACUUGGACCCAGUGGUUGUGGAAAAACUAGUGCAGUUUAUGCUGUAGCCAAUGAACUUAAUGCAAAUGUGAUUGAGUUGAAUGCUUCCUGUAACAGAAAUGGAAAACGUAUUGUAACUGAUUUAAUGGAAGCUACACAAUCGCAUGCAGUGGAAAAAAACUGUUUAUUCAAUCCAAUGAGAGGGAAAAAAUUAAAAAUCAAAAAUCAUAAGAAGAAAGAUAAAACAAAUGUAAAAAUGACAAUUAUUUUAAUUGAAGAUGCUGAUAUAUUCUUUGAAAAUUAUGAUGAUGGAUUUUUAGCAGCAAUUUCAACUUUAGCUACAGAUUCAAAAAGACCAUUAGUUUUAACAGCAAAUGACCCUUUUAGUAAUAAUUUGCUGAAAUUUUUCUUGUCCAAUGAAAGAACUCUAAAUUUUAUACAUCCGCCAAAAGAACAUUUAAAUUGUUUUCUACAGCUAAUGGCAUUAAACGAAGGAGUCAUUAUGACAAAAGACGAAAUAAAUGCAUUUAUCCAUCCAUUUAAACCUGACAUUAGGCAGAGUACUCUUCAGUUACAAUAUGUUUUGAGUACAGGAGAAAUAGAUCCGAAAGUACUAAAUCGACAAUACCAAAUGAGUUUAAAUUCUAUUUGGUGGAAUUGGCCACAUAUGUUUGGUUGUCAUUCAACUAGCAUCAAAGACUCCAAACAAACAAAGUGCAACUUUGAUAUCUCUACAAUAUCUCAAAAUCUAGAUAUAAUGUCAGAAUUAAACUUAAUCUAUUCUAAAACACAGAGCUACAAUUUCUUAGACCCUCAGCCAUUUUGGCAUCACAUAGCCACGAGGGAUAGUUCUAGUUUAAUUGAAACCCAUCAUUGGUCUGACAGUUCUGUUCAACUUUCUACAGAUAUCAGUCAAUGGAUAUUCAAUCAUAUCAAUACACAAGAUUAUGUUCCAGAAAAACUUUUCCCCACGUCUGAGGAAUUAAAUCUACGUCAAAGGACAUGGAACACAUCUAAGAACGUGCUAGAACAAAUAGGCUUAGAUUAUUGUAAUCGCAAAAAUGAAACGGGCUACGAUUAUUUAUCUACUAUACGAUCAUUUUAUAGAAAUCAACAGGUAAAUCAAUCAUUUGUGAACCGGAGGAAUUCAAAAAUGUUUUCGUACUUGAGACAGAUAGACAUUAAUGUUGACAACAAAGAUUUAGAAUAUUUGUGUGACUCUUUUCACUCUGAUUCCAAUAAUUAUGAUCCUCAAUUGGAAAUAUCAGAUCAGUUUUAGUUUAUAAAUAUCUGCUCUUUUUUCUGAAGUAUUUGUAGAAUGUUUUAAAUUUUUGAUUUUAUUACUUGUAUAAUAAUAUAUUAUUGUUCAAUACAAUUGAUGUA